CCUUUGACCUCAAAGGUAAUUCCGAGAUGGCAGCUCUCGGGAAAUCAUCGUUGUUGUGCAGGUGUCUCAUUUCAUCAAAGGCGAUCAGGGGUUCAAAACAACUCUCACAGGACGCCGCCAUCAGACAAGGUCUCGUGGGUAUGGUGGGAAGAACACCGCUAGUGCGUUUGAAUAAGCUCAGUGACGAAACAGGUUGCGAGAUACUGGCCAAGGCAGAGUUUUGUAACGGCGGAGGGUCUGUAAAGGACAGGGCGGCGUUGUUCCUCAUCAGGGACGCUGAGCAUAAAGGGCUUAUAAAACCUGGAGGAACGGUGGUAGAAGGAACAGCGGGAAACACUGGGAUUGGAUUGGCGCAUAUUUGUCUGGCACUUGGUUACAAAUGUGUUAUAUACAUGCCAAAUAACCAAUCACAGGAAAAGAUUGACUGUCUGAGAACCCUCGGGGCUGAGGUUCGAUCCGUACCAGUCGUCCCCUUUACUGACCCAGAUAACUACAACCAUCAGGCCGACAGAUUUGCCCAAAGUCUUGAGAACGCCGUGUGGACAAACCAGUUUGACAACACUGCCAAUAAGAGGGCCCACAUAGAGACAACAGGACCGGAGAUUUGGCAACAAACUGGUGGGAAAGUAAACGCUGUGGUGUUUGGUACAGGUACAGGUGGAACUUUAGCAGGUGUUGGUACCUACCUGAAGGAACAGAAUCCUAACAUACAGGUGUUCCUCGCAGACCCCCAGGGAAGUGUCCUGUACAGCUACAUUAAACAUGGGAAACUGGAAAGGUCAGAAGGGAGUUCAAUAGCAGAGGGUAUAGGUCAAGGCCGAGUCACUAACAAUCUCAAGGACGCACCUAUCGACGACGCCAUGGUGAUACAAGACACAGAUGCAGUCGCCAUGACAUUUCGGCUGCUUCACGAGGAGGGUUUGUUCGUUGGUGCGUCGACAGGUCUAAAUGUGUCUGCCGCGGAGCAGGUUGCUAAGCUUAUGGGACCAGGACACACCAUUGUCACAUGUCUAUGUGAUACCGGACAGCGAUACUACGCAAAACUAUUCAGCAGACAGGUCCUUGCAGAGAGAGGUUUAUUAGAUUGUAUCCCUGAGGCGUACCGACGAUCACUCCAUGACUGAAGGAUUAUACCACAGACAAUACCAAGGCGACUAACUUGUAGACUUAUCCAAUAGUAGGAACGUGAAACACUUAAAGUAAAAAUAUAAACCGCCAAUGCAAUGAACUGUUAAGGUAGUGUGCAAAUGAUUCACCAGUAUUUGAUUAACUAAGGGUAAAACUAACGUGACAAUUGUUCUGUGUUAUUUUUAUGUUCACGUUACAGGGACUGAUAUUUAUGAAUACUAAACCAAGCAUUUUGACCAAUUUUACCUACCAACGCGUCAUGACAAAGGUACCCGUGUUUAUUCAUGCUUUCAUGUUUUGCCUGAGUUUAAUCGAUUUUGAGUCGAAAUUAUGGUUGUAUUCUCACUUUGGUUAAUUCUUGUCUUUUCUUCUUCUUUUUGAUUUAGAAAUAUUGUAACAAAUGAUGGGUUGUUACCAUGCUUAACUCGAGCUGGUAGAUUUUCAUAUAGUUCAUAGACAAGAGGUUUACCGUGUUUCUUUUACAAUUUUAAAAUCCGGUGUUUCUCUCAGAAUAUAUGUAUUGCAGUUUCCUAUGGAGACAACAUUUACUUGACGCCAUAAUCAGAAGAUUGACCAAGGAAAUCACGUCCAGGGUGUUACCCACUAGUGGGUAACCAAAAAUGUUUGCCAACUACGCACUCCUAGAAUGUUUAUCCAAUGAGUGGUCGAUGGAGAGAUGUUUUUUCUCCAUUCUGAUUAGAACCUGGAUGCCGAUUUUUCAGACGGAAAAUAUAUUGUAAUCAGAUAGUUUGCAUGGCCUUAGAAUCAAAGCUAACUGAUUUGUCAGAUCAGAAUGUGAUAAUUGUUUUAAUACAAAUACUUAAUUUUAAAAGUGGUACUAAAGAUAAUUUACAGUUAAUGUGAUGUGAUUUGAUUCGAGCUGUUUAUUUGAUUUAUAAAAUGCCGUUUUGAAAAUUCCUUGAGUAUGAUAAAACGGAUGACUUUUUGUUAAUUGGGUGAAUUUUAUGGUUUUGUCCGAACUGUAAUUAAGAUAUUGUUGUCAUCAGUUGAUGUGUUAAGUAAAAACAAUUGUUUUCAAUAAUUGCCCAAACUAUGCCAUACUCCAGCGUAUAUCAAUCCGUCCGUAAGAGCGUUCUUGAGCAUAGUUUUAAUUAUGACUAUAUCAGUACAUACGCCUUGCUGAAUUGUUUUUCUACAGGUCAAAGGUCAUGUCUGUAUUUCCUUGGUAUAUCCUCUUGUUUCGUUAUAGCUGCUCAUAUAAACAAACGUUGACCCACAGGUGUAUCACAACCAGAGUGUGUAGCGUGCUAUUACAAGCUUCUUUUAUCCAUUGAGUUACUAUUACAGUUCAUAUGUCAAAAGUUCACAAUUGACUGUUUCAGCCUGUUUCCAUCCACCACUUCAGUUAUCUAAGUAAAAAAUAACACACGGGCACGCCCCCUGUUACUUUAAUGUAACGUAGUUCAUUCCCUAAAGUCAAGGUCAUCGUAUAAGGUUAAAAGUUAAUAUUAGGGUUGUCAAUUGUUAACUGGUUAACCGGUUACUCUAUCGGAAAACCGCGAACAAGUUAAAGAAAUCAAUAACCGAAUAGUCGGAAUUCAUUAACCCAUGGGGAGCCCUAUGUUUACCUGACUUACACCUAUAAAUCAUCUUUCCUAUGAAAACCUAAUUGGAGUUUUUGGUUAUGAAAACCCUAUUCAGACUGACUGUAUAUUGUUGUUUUUGUACUCUAUAUUAAAGAUUGAAAAAGAGAUGCUGACCACGCCAUGGAAAGCCUGGACAGUUUUAAAAACUAAGGUGAUUUCAGUGAAACUUUAAAAGAGGUGCAAUCAUCAUUGGCUUGCUUUGUUUAUCAAACUCUGCCUCUUUUCACGAACACGGUUACCGCAUACUCGUUCGAGCCAAAAUAACUUAUAUUGUAUUCCGCUUUAUUCUGAACCAAGUGGUGCAUGUAUGUAUUUCCUGCGUUUACAUGUUGCGAGCUUGAAAUACGUACAUGUAAGCAAACUAUCGUGCUAAUUAAUGUAUAGAUAUA